AUGCCUGGGCAACAGAAGCAGCAGGUUCUUCCACAUGCAUCAACGAAUGCAGAGCGCACAAAAGAAACAGGAUCAGUCUUAGCUGUAGCACAUCAGAAGGGAAUCAGUCUAAAAACCGCAGAGAAAGAAACCAGCAGUGAUGUUGAUAUAAAUACGAUUUAUAAACAACUGCGUGAGCAGUUUCCAAAUCUGAAACAAGUGAUGGAGAGAAGAUUUCCUGGUGAGACUUUCCAGGAAGAACUGAAUCUCAGGAAGGAGAACUUUGGAAAGAUCCAACAGUCCUUCAGCCAAGUUUACAGAGUCAGGAAGCUGCUAGAACUGGGAAAAUCAGUUUGCAAAAUCAAUUUUAUAGGUGUUUGUGUGGGAACAGGCUUUGUGCUGUUUGACACUUUCAUCCUGACUAGCGCACAUUUGUUUAAAGGUUACGUUGAAGGAAAGGAGCUGCAGCAGGAUGUAGAAGUGUUUGCUAUUUUUGACUAUGAGGAGCCUGAGCCAGAAGCAAAUUUCUACUACUUUAGAGCAGAGAAUACAUUCAUUGACUUUGAUGCUGAGCUAGAUUAUGCAGUUCUGGAGCUCAACCCUGAAGGCUCAAAACCAAACCAGCAAAAGACAGCACAGAAGAUAAAGGUCCCACGAGGGCUGCUCAGCAAGUUUGGUCCACUGCCUGAUAAUGGUGAAGCCUGCAUCAUUGGACACCCAGCAGGGCGAGUGAAAGAAAUGGAUCCUACAUUUAUCAUUGAGAUAGAGAAGAGAGAGCAGGCUGCUGCUGAUUAUUUAAGUCAGUACAAACACCCAUUUAUCAUAAACUCGCUCAGUGAUCAUGUCAGAAAGCAAGGCAUUGAAAACAUAUUGAAGGGUGGACAUAAAGCAGGAAAAGUAGGGACCUACCACACUUUCAUGUAUCACGGUGCCUCUGGCUCUCCGGUGUUUGACGGUCUUGGCAGAGUUUUUGGUUUGCACACUGGAGGAUUUACCUAUGGUUUUACAAAAGAAGCUGAGAGUGUAAUUGAGUAUGCCCAUCCUCUGAUUAUGAUAUUUGAAAAGUUUGUGAGUAAUCUAAAGAACAGUGGAAAUGAGGAAUUGUUGAAAAAAUUUGUGGAGGAGGCAGCAAAAGGAAAAAAAAAAGCAAAGAGAGACGAGUUGCUGACAAGGGUGCUCAACAUAAAGCAGGAGGCUCCUGAGGAGCAAAUGGAG